CUCCUAAUAGAUUCAUCAUCACUAAUUCCACUUUUAUUCUCUCUCCAUAUCUUCACUAGUGCUCUCUCCUCUGAAUGUAUAUAUAAAUCUUUUCUCCCUCAUCUAUUUCUACAUCGCAACUUCUCUCUCUCUCUCGUCUCUAUAAUGGCUGAUCACAAGAACAAAGAAGAGAAGUCAUUCUCAUUCCUAGCUCAUUCACCACCCGUUGAUCACAGCUCCUUGAGUUAUCCUCUAUAUGACUGGGAAGAAGAUCUUCUUGCUUUCCACGAAAGCUCUGCCUCUCAAUCUUUUCCUUUGACUACAACUUCUCUGCCAUUACCUGAUCUUGAACCUUUGUCUGAAGAUGUACUCAAUUCAUACAGCUCUGCAUCAUGGAACGAAACAGAGCCAAACAGAGGAGAUGUAGCUUCAUCGGAAAAGAAGACUAAACAUGGAGUAGUGCAAGAGACUACUAAGAAAAGGAAACUCAACGAGAGACGCAGAGAACCUAACGUGAGGAUCAUCAGCGAUAUUACUACCUACACAUCUUCUCCAGCUUCAAAGGCAUUGUCUAUGGAAACUGUCUCUCGCUACUUCUAUAUGCCCAUAACUCAGGCUGCUAUGGAACUUAAUGUUGGUUUAACUCUUCUGAAAAGAAGAUGUCGUGAAUUGGGUAUUCGCCGAUGGCCUCAUCGUAAACUCAUGAGCCUAAAAACUUUGAUCAGUAACGUUAAGGAGCUGCAGAAGAUGGAAGGCGAGGAGAAUGCAGACAAACUGCAGGACGCCCUGGAAAUGCUCGAGAAGGAGAAAAGGACGAUUGAGGAGUUACCAGAUUUGGAGUUUGAGGACAAGACAAAAAGGCUGAGACAAGCUUGUUUCAAGGCUAACCACAAGAGGAAGAAGAAGAGAAGUCUCAAGUCCGAUCAUGCUCACAUAGCCUCUUGUUCAAGCAGCGGAUCAGUCGCUAGUGAUGAGUCGGUUAAUGAUGGAGGAAUGGAGAGUGAUGAAGAGGUGAAGUAUCUCUUGUGUGGUUUCUCAAAUGAGUUUAGUAGUGGUUUGUGAAUCCGCUUUAGUACUGGGAAAUUGGGGAUUGUAAAGCCAAAUGCUUUUUGACUAAUUGAAUGAACAAAAAACAUAAAUAUGAUACUGAAUACCACCUUGAAGGGUUUCAACAUUAGUGUACUGUAGAUACUAACAAACAAA